AUGGCGGACUUUGGGGAGUAUCCGCCAAAUAUGGCGCCCCAGGACGCGCUCAUCGUUCGAGAGCAAGCUGAACCCGAUCAUGCUGUGGUUCCCUUUACGGCCGAAGACCUGUCGCGUCCCAAGGCUGGCCCUCUGAACCCAUUCAAGGACGAGAGCAAUGCUUUGAAGCGAAAGAGCGUCCCAACCGGACACGCAGAGGAGACCUUUUUGAGCGAACACACAUUCCGAAGCAAGCACCGCGCUAUCGAGCGCCUGGGGGGUCGUCCCGAGCGACAGUAUCAGACAAACGCAGAACUGAAGGCCGAGGCUGCGAGAAUACGGGCUGGACGUGAAGACAAGGGCAGCGCAACCAUCGCAGAAGGGCCUGGCUCAUAUGUUGGACCCUGGGCGCGAUACAAGAAGGCCGAGUACGAGAUUGUGGCAGAGCAUGAGCAACUGGCGAGCGAUGAAGAAUAUGAGAUUGUGGAAGAGGAGGAGGAGGUCGUUGAGAGUGGCACAAUCGUCAAGGCACCAACCAAGGCGCUAGAACAAAGGAAAGAGGCGGAAAAGAUGGGAGACGAGAGAACCGAGUUCCACGGGUCUGCCGAAACCGACUACCAAGGCAGGACUUAUAUGCACGUUCCCCAGGACCUGGAUAUCGACCUCCGCAAGGAAGUGGGAAGCGUUACCAAUUACAUCCCGAGAAAGCAGAUCCAUUCUUGGAAGAACCACAACAAGGCAGUUACUGCACUACAAUUCUUCCCUACUUCAGGACAUUUGCUUCUGUCAGCCAGCGCCGACACCACCGUCAAGAUAUUCGACAUGUACCACGACCGGGAACUACUACGAACGUACCACGGCCAUUCAAAGGCUCUGUCGGAUAUUUGCUUCAACACGUCAGGCACUCAAUUCUUAUCUUCAUCAUACGAUCGCAUGAUCAAGCUUUGGGACACAGAGACAGGUGUGUGCGUCAACAAGUUCACAACCGGAAAGACGCCCCAUGUCAUCAAGUUCAACCCUGGCCCCGAGCAUGCCAACGAGUUUCUAGCUGGUAUGUCGGACAAGAAGAUUGUCCAGUUCGAUAUCCGAACCAAGGAAGUUGUGCAAGAGUACGAUCACCACUUGGCAGCCAUUAACACCAUUACCUUUGUCGAUGACAACCGACGCUUCAUGACAACUUCCGACGACAAGUCUCUCCGAGCUUGGGACUACGGCAUUCCCGUCCCAAUCAAGUACAUUGCUGAGCCAGACAUGUAUCCCAUGACACGUGCGGCUCCUCACCCAAGUGGCAAAUAUGUCGCAUACCAAAGCUCCGACAACCAGAUCCUGGUCUAUGGCGCAAACGACAAGUUCCGUCAAAACAGAAAGAAGAGUUACCGCGGUCAUAACAACGCGGGUCUGGGUAUCGACUUAGACUGCAGUCCCGAUGGCCAGUUCCUUGCUUCAGGUGACUCUGGCGGUUAUGUGUGCUUCUGGGACUGGAAGACGUGUAAGAUGUACCACAAGCUCAAGGCUGGCAACCAAGCCAUCACCAGCGUCAAAUGGCAUCCUCAAGAGACGAGCAAGGUCGUCACGGCGGGUAUGGAUGGUGAGAUUCGAUACUGGGAUUAG